UGAUUUUCAAGCAGCCGUCCGUUAUCUCCUUCACUUGAGGAAAAUCGCAAUGGACCAAAUUAAGUUGGUGAUCAGCGGCGCCGGCGACAAAGUGGCGGGCGCUGCGAGCGAUGCCAGCAAGAAGUUGGCAAGUGUGGCGGGCGACAAGAAGAGCGCGACCAAGACGGAGGCCCCAGCGUCCGACGACGCGCUCACUCCGGGGGUGACGCCCACAUGUCCGAGUCUGACAAAGAAGCAGAGACUGAUCGGCUUCGCGUCCUGCUUCGUGCUCGGGUACAUCGUGAGCUUCGGGUCGACAUUUGCCUUGAUCGCGGGCUCCGAUAAUGGCACAAAGUUCGGCAUAACAUACAGUUUGGGCAAUAUCAUCUCACUGUGCGGUUCGGGGUUCCUUGUGGGUCCGAAGCAGCAGCUGAAGCUCAUGUUUAAGCCCGUGAGACGCAUUGCGACCAUCAUCUAUCUGGUGAUGAUUGCUGUGGUGUUCACGGUUGCCCUCGCCGUACGUAUAUUGUUGUUUUAAAAGGUAUUUUUGAUGCUAACUAGAUUUUUGUUGCUGUUAAUUACCCUUUCAGGCGCCACGACUUGGUCUGGUGGUGCUGCUACUAGUGCUCAUCCAGUGUGCCGCUGCAGUCUGGUAGGACUCUUAUCACUAAUAGCUACAUACUCGUUUACUUCUACUAAUCACUCGACGUUCUGCAGGUACUCGGCAAGUUACGUUCCAUACGGACGCAAAAUUCUGACAAGUAUCGCUCAAAAAAUUUGCGGGUCGGUUGGGUAAAUGAACACGUCAAGAACGCGUAAAUGGCUGAUCGACAGCAUUUCAGAUCUGGAAAGUCUUUUUUGCAAUAGAUCAUUCCUUUUAUUUACCUACUUAACUAUGAGGAGCUUCAACUUUAAUAGCGACAAACAAGACGGUCAAGGCCAGCUUUGCCACCACGAGGGAGUUACGGUGCUAUUGCUUAUGCAUAACAGCAUCUCUCCCUUUGGUUGGAGCAGCCAUGGGCGUCUAGUUGUUGCCGUAGUAGGAAGUGUUGGUGUACACGACCUCCGAGUACUCGUCCGGGCAGUAGGGGAACGUCUUGUCACUCACAAUGUCGAGGAACAGGUCGUGGCCGGUCGUGUACGUCACGUAGCCGCCGAGUCCAGCACACACAACAAUAAUGAACGUGCCG